GAUUAUCAGACCAGGAUGAAGAGGGCAAGACCAAGCAGAAGUGUAUCAUAUCUGACCCCUCCUUUUCCAUGGUAACAGUUCAACGUGAAGAUAGUGGAAUAACCUGGGAGACCAAUUCAAGUAGGUCUUCCACUCCUUGGGCCUCGGAAGAAAGUCAGACUUCUGGUGUAUGUAGUCUGGAAGGGUCAACCGUGAAUUCCCCUCCAGGGAGUGUUUCCUUUAUUGUGGAUGGAGUUAAAAGGGUUCGGAAAAGAAAGCCUAAGUCAAAGCAUGGCUCUCCAUCGUUACAUCGGAAAGGCAACAAAAAAAGAAGCUCUUUUGACUCCCAAGAUGUCCCAGCAAACAAAAAAAGUAAUCCUUUAAUUUCAGAAAGCAAGGUACUAAACACCCAAAAAGAAAAGUCAUCUACUGGCAUUUAUGAUACAAUGAGAAAAAAGAAGACCGCCUCAAAUACAGCUCCUAUUACGGGGGCAAUAUACAAAGAGUACAAGCCAUUAGUGUUAAGGCCCGUAUACAUAGGAACAGUACAAUAUAAAAUUAAGAUGUUUAAUUCUGUUAAAGAAGAAUUAAUUCCUCUACAAUUUUAUGGGACAUUGCCAAAGGGUUAUGUUAUCAAAGAAAUACAUUAUAGGAAGGGGAAAGAUGCAUCCAUUAGUCUAGAGCCAGAUGUGGGCAAUCGUGAUUCUAAUGUAGUUUCCAAAACAGGCAAAUUAGUAGUCAAAAGCAUAGAAGUUGAUAAAGUAAAAGAGCUUGCAUCACCCUGGAGAGGUGCACUCUCUGAAGGAUCAAAGUCCCUGACCUCCUUCUUCGGUCGUGAAGAUCAAAAGAAAACUUACAUUGAUUCUCCUCUAAGGGCUGCAUCUGCCACCAAGCACACACCUUCCUCCUAUACAAGUAAUGACACAGUGGAACAAGAAACACAGCUCAGCCCUCCACAGUCAGUGCCGCAACCGCCAACUGAUGAAGCAAAACCCCGAGAAAUGGAGCCUUUCUCUUCAACACCAGAUACAUCCGCAGCUGCGUUCCUGGAAACAGCAAAGGAAGAAUCUGAGGCCAAUACACAAGAGACUACAACUGCAGAGUAUGACUCUUCAGUCUCACCGUCUUUAGUGGAUGAAGUAAAGAAGGAAGCUGUGUUUUCUGCUGACCAUUCCAUUUCACUGGAGGCAGAGAAGGAUUCUCUGGAAACAGGUACACCAGGUCUGGCAGCAUCUAUCCAGGAAGAUUUUGCCCCCGAGAGAGAAGAGCUGGAUGUGACUUCACUAGAAAGGGCAGAACCAGUCUCUGAAGAGCUGACCCUUCCUCAUCUCAGUGUCAAAGGAGAGAAGGAAGAAAACGUGCCAGAGCCAUCCAUUUCUCUUUCUGAACCUCUAAUGUUAGAGGAACCAGAGAAAGAAGACACAGAAACAUCUCUACCAAUGUCUGCUACCCCUGAACCUGAAGAUUCUAAUGUAGUGGAAGAAGAGAUCAUAGAACUUGAUUACCCAGAAAGUCCAUCAGCUUCUGAGGAGCCCUUCCUACCACGCUUGGCCCCUGAAGUGGAGCAGGAAGAGGAGACCAUUCUGCCAUUACUGACAACAUCAAAACCUGAACAUGUUGCUUUGUCUGAAGAAGAAAGAGAGGAAAAUGAGUCUGUCUCUACUGAUUCUGCUUUUGUAUCAGAGUAUUCGGUUCCACAGGAUUUGAACUAUGAACUAGAGAAGCAAGAGGUUGAGUCAGUUUCUCCAUCCAAUGUAAAAGCUCUGUCUGAACAUGCAGUUUUAUCUGAAGAGAAUGAUGAACUUGAGCCUUAUUCCCCAGCUUCAGCCUCUGUAUCUGAACACUCUUUCUCACCAUCCACAAUGGAGAUGACUCCUGAAUGCCAGUCCCCCCUGUUUUCAACAUUUACAUCGGAACACACGGUCCUAUCCGGAGAAGAGGCCUCAGAAAGUGGGCGUGACACACCAGAUUCCACAUCUGCUGCUGAAUUUUUAAUUUCAUCACAGGCAACAAAAGAGUCACUGAAGAAAACUGACCAUAAGACCCCAGUAAAAUCAGAAAUUGUUUCUGAGCCCAUGAUUCUGCCAGAAGAAGAGAAGGAAGACACUGGACCAUAUUCCCCAGGUGAGGCCUCUGUAUCUGAACACUCUCUCCCACCAUACCCAGCUGAGGUGACUUCUGAAUGCCAGGCCCCACCACUUUCAGCCAGCCCAUCUGAACACGCAAUCCUGUCAGAAGAAGAGAACCUAGGGAAUGAGAAUUUCACACCAGAAUCAACACUGACCUCCCAAUAUGCAGUUCCACCAAAUGUAACCCAGGAAUCUCCAACGAAACUAAUUGAUGAUGUCUCUGCAUUAAAAUCAAAAGGUGUUUCUGAGCACAAGAUUCUGUCAGAAGAAGAGAAGGAAGACACUGGAUUGUAUUUCCCAGAAGUGGCACCUGUAUCUGAACACUCUCUCCCACCAUACCCAGCUGAGGUGACUUCUGAAUGCCAGGCCCCACCACUUUCAGCCAGCCCAUCUGAACAUGUGGUCCUAUCAGAAGAAGACACAGUAGAAAUGGAGCGGUACACACCCUCUUCCAUCACUGCUUCUGAAUUUUCAGUACCACCAUAUGCAACACCAGAAUCACAGGAGGAAGAAGUUGUCUGUAGAUCCCCUUUAAAUCUAGAAGGUGCCUCCUCACCCAUGAAUUUCUCAGAAGACCAAGAAGACAUUGGACCUUUUUCUCCAGACUCUGCUUUUGUGUCAGAAUUCUCAUUUCCACCCUAUGCAACUCAGGAAACAGAGAAAAGAGAAUUUGAGUGUGACUCUCCAAUAUGUUUAACAUCACCAUCUGAACACACUAUUUUGUCAGAUGAAGACACUGAAGAAGCUGAACUUUUUUCUCCAGACUCAGCAUCACAAGCUUCAAUCCCACCAUACAGGCUCCAAGAAACAAACAAAAAUGAAAUUGAGCCUGAUUCAUUGUUAACUGCAAUGUCUGCUUCAGGAUAUUCUGGCUUCUCAGAAGCAGAUGAGGAAGAAAUUCCAUCAACAGCUUCUACACCUGUACCUGAGUAUCUAAGUUCAUCACAGAAGCAGAGAGCUGAACCUUCUCCUUUGAUGUCUUCACCUGAAGAUUUGAGUUGGCUACCUUCAACAAAUGAAUCAGAGAAAGCAGAAAUUAAGCCAGACGCUCAAACAAUCUCAACAUCUGUAUCUGAAUAUCUCAUUUUGUCACAGAAGCAGAGAACUCGAGAAUAUGUAGAACCUGAGUCUGAAGACUUGAUUCUGUCAUAUUUAAACAGUGAAUCAGUGAAAGGGGAAAUUAAGACUAGUUCAUCAGUAGCUGCAACACCUGUUUCUUCACCUGAACAGUCAUCUGUGAGAAAGGAAGAAAUCAAACCACUUUUGCCUACAUCUCAGUGUUCAGUUUCACCUGAUUCAGAUCACACAAUUAAGAAAGAACAAGAACCCAAAGCAUCACUCACUCUAAAAGCUGCCAAUGAACAGAUGGCUUUAUUAAACAUUAAAAGUAAGGAAGAAAUUGUGCCGGAUUCUCAAGAAGCUACAGCACAUGUACCACGGGAUCAAGAAAUGGAGCCUUGGCCUCCAAAUGUUCUAGAGUCUGGGAUGAAAUAUUCAGUUCUGCCUGACUUGGUAGAUGAGCCAAAGAAGACUGUCAAACCCAACUUAGCUCCAACUGUGGCAUCUGAACUAGAGCAGAGAAUGUUAUCAGAGAAUGAGGCUGAAGUAAUAAAACCAUAUUCGGCUUUAAAAGAAACACUUUUAUCUGGACCUCAGAUUUUGUCAGCAGUGAAAACAGAAGUGAAACAUGAUUCUAAAAUAACUGGUACACCUAGUGUACUACAUUCAGCUUCACCAGGAGUGGAAAAGGAAGUUAAGCAUGGACCCCCCAUACCAGAAUUUCCAGCUUUGUCAGAAGAAAUAAAGAAAGAAAUUGAACUCAGUUCUUCAAUAACCACAACAUCUGUAACUAAGCAUGAUUCAAGCUUACCCAAAUUAUCAAAAGAAGAAAACCCAACAGACUUAUCUCUUACCACCCCUACUGAACAUCCAGUCUUAGCAAAAGUAGGAGAGAGUGAAUUAGGAAGUGGCUUGCCACCGCUGGUAAUACCCACAGAUGAGGAUUCACUUCUUAAAGAAGAAGGAGAGAUAGCAAUUAAAGCUAGUUCUUCUCCCACUGAAACUGCUGCCUCCAAACGUCCAGCUUGGUCAGAAGUAGAGAAAGAAAUUAAAUUUGAUUUACCUCAAAACGUAUGUUCCAUUUCAGAGCAUUCUACUUUGUCAAAGGUAGAAGCUGAAGAAGUUAAACCUGAGUUGCCAAUAACCAAAACAGUGUCUUCUCAGCACUCAGAUGUAUCUAAGGAAGCAAGGGUGGAAAAUGAACAAGGUCUUUCAUUUUCUAUAGUCCUCAACUCUGAAUGUUUGGAUUUAUCACAGGAAAAAAGGUCUGUGUCUCCCUCAGAGGUGUCAAGACCUGAACACGUGCUUUCACUCAACCUAGGUGGUGAGACAAAGAAAAGAGAAACUGAACUUACUUCCUCAGAGAAUGUGUCACCUGAACCCAAACGUAUAGUUCCAAAAGGCAAAAAUGAGGACAUGGCAAGUUCUUCUCCUGAGCUGGAACAUUUAGCAUCAGAAGCUUUAGUUCCAGCAUUACCAACCCUCAGUGAUGAUAAGAACAAACAGGCAAGAGAGACAUCUUCCAUAGUUCAAGAAGAUUUCCUAUCAGAAAAACAAGAUUUUGCUCUGACAGUUCUCUCUUUGGAAACUGAGAAGGAAGACAAGCUACAUCAAGUAUUAGAAUUACCAAAUACUGCCUCAGAAUUCACUAGUGGUAGGGAAAGGGGAUCUGUAGAUACAAAACAAAUAAAACCUCCCAUAACUGAAACAGGGGAUUCUGUCUUAGAAAAGGGCCUAGCUGAGCUUAGGAGCAGAGGAGAAAGUGAAGAAGAAAACAGGGAACUUCACGUGACAACUACAGUGCCUGAAAUUUUAGAGGUUCCAUCAUGCCUUAGUAAAGAACCUCACAUUCAAGAAGUUAAAUCUUUCUCUCCUGAGGUAGUCAGCUUAGGGUCAAAAGAAUUAUUUUCCUCUCUAGUUGAAGGAGACAACAUAGAAGAACUUCAGUCAUAUACUUUUUCUUUAAAAGGACUAUCAGAGGAGUUGAACCACUCAGCUGACUUAAAAAAGGGGGAAAAACAAGAAGGAAUAAGCCCAUUACUGCCAACAGGAAAUUUGAAGGCGCAAGUGACAGGAGAUACUGUAACUAAACCAAAUGAAGAAACUGACCAACCAAAAUCACUUCAUGUACCCCAGAGCACAACGGAACCAUCAGAGAUCACUUCUUCUGACCUCCUUGUGGAACAAGAGAAGCCUGAAAAAACACUUCAUUCAGAUCAAGCUGUUAAAUUACCUGAUGUAGCCAGGUCUUUUGCAGAUAAACAAGAUCUGGGUAUGAAACAAUUUUCAUUUAAGAAUGAAAAUUUGCCAUUGGAAGAAUCAAAAUCAUUUAUGACAACUGAGCCUACAGAUAUUAAAGAAACACACAUGAAAAAGGACCUUAUUUCUCCAGAGGAUGAAAACUGGAUGCUAAAAAAGCCAGAAAGAGAUUUGGUAAGUCAUCAUGAAGAAAUAGCCCAAGGACCUGCAGAACUGGGUUCCUCUGGCAGCAGUGAUCUGGUGACAGAGCAGCUCAAGGCUGCUCUUUCGGAUAAAGGCCAUGCAACUGAAAUCAGAAAGCAGGUUCUGUCACAUUCUGCGAAAGACUCUCCCCUAUCGUUGGAAGAACCAGUGUCUACUCUCAAUAUCUCCAGUGAUAACGUAGAGACCUUAUCAACUAAAACGUAUUCUUCUGAAGACAUAAAGCUGGCCCCCACAGCAAAAUCUUUAGUUCCAGCCGGAAAUGUGGAGGGAAAUGAAGCAGAGGGGAAGCAGACCCUUUCUUCUGUGGGGAAUGAAAGUUUAUCAGAGGAAGCAAACACAGAAUUUUCCAGGCCUUGCAAAGAAGACAGCCUGGAAGAAAUGAAACAGCCACCUGAAAGAAUCCUCCAGAAACCAGUGCCUGGUCCAUCAAUGAAACAGGUCAAAUCAGAAAUGAUUCCCUCUCUUGCCAAAGCAGCCCAUUUCCUGGCAGAAGGUGCAGAACCUGCAUUAGGCAGUGAAAAAGAGGCACACAGGAGUCCAUCUCCUUUACCUGUGGAGAAGCCAUUAGAAGAACCAAAAGUGGUUCAGUCCAAGGUUGUAGAUGAUGCUAAUGAGGGAGGGAAACCAGCAGCUGAAGUGCAGGUGCCCACACAAAUAAAACCCCUCUCCUCAACCCAAGAUGAAGCUGCUCAACCCCCAGAGUCACCCGAGGUGACACAAAAGCUGCCCAAGCAGCAGAAGGCAGGGGAGCCAGGCCUUUCUGAGGAAAAGGGAAAGAAGGGAAUUUCAGCUUUCACAUCGUGGGUGUCCAGUUUGUUUUUUCGAUCAAGCACUCCAGAUAACAAAGUUGCUGAAAAAGAAGAUGUGGAAGCUCAGCCAAGUCCGUCUGUAGAAAAAGCAGUGACUGUGAUCAAGCCAAGAGAUACAGUUCCAGCUGACGUUCAUGCAACUGAGAGACCAGCUGAUCAGCUAGUGCCAGAGGCCAAACCUAAAACUGCUGAAGAAUCCAGGGGUACUUUAGUUAAAUCUUAUGGAAAGGAAGAAGUCCUAGACUACCCAGAGGAAAUGGACCUAAACUCAGUAGUUACUUCCACUGAUGGUGAGGGACAUCUUGGAAUUCCAUCUUAUUUUCCGAUGGCUGAGAAAUCCAUUAUGGAAGAAGCCAAAAAUGCUGUUCCUCUUCAUGUCACUGAUACUAAGAGUGCCCAGAAGCCAGAAAUCUCCCCUCCAUCUAAGUGGAAUAUUUCUAUUUUUAAGAAAGAGCCAAGAAGUGAUCAAAAAGAAAAAUCACUCUCUUCAUUUGAUGCAGUAGACAAGGUGCCACAACAGCCAAAAUCAGCUUCAUCUAGCUUUGCAAGUGAAAAUAUCAUGAAGGCAUCAGAGAGGCCAGAGCCAAUAAUUUUGCCAGUAGAAGAAUCUAAAGGCAGUUUAAUUGAUCUUGGUGAAGACAGACUAAAGAAAGAAAUACCAAAACCUAGUUCUUUGAAAAUGUCUGAAGAGGAAAUAAAACUCAGGUCUGUUAGCCCAACUGAGGAGAAAGAUAACUUGGAAACCAGAUCACAUACCUUGGCAGAAAAGAAGAUGCUGGCAGAAAAACGAGAAACUGUAGCCCCAUUAGAGCUUAGAGAUAAUAAUGAAAUAGAGAAGGCUCACGUUACACGUGGAUCUAGCCCUGUUCAAUUGGAAGAAUCGAAAGCUCCUGCUGUGCUUCAGGAGGUCUAUCAAAAUGAAGACCACAAAGAAAGAUACAAGAUUACUGAGGAGGAGAAAGAAGAAGAAAAAGAAAAGCAGUCACAUGUACUUUUGGAAGGAAAGAAACAGCAGGAAAUUCAGCCUCAUUCUGUGAAUAUAGCCGGGCAUGUGCCUGAAGAAUCAGAUAUCUCUUUCAGUCUUUCUUUGGGUGAAACUCGACCAUUUUCAUUAGUUAAGACUACAGCAGUUACUGAAAAAUCAGAAGGUAUGCUCCCAGAGGCUUACCCAGAAAUAAGGGAAAUAAAGGCAGUAGGAACCCAACCACAUCCAUUAGAAGAAUGUAAAGUUUCAGUGGAGAAAACCAAGACUUUCCUUCCAGUGGAGCUUCCUUGUGAUGAAACAGAUGAUCACUCUUUACCCAAGGAAGAGAAUCUGGCAUUGGAAAAGUCAAGCAGGGAUGUGGUGAGACACAAUGAAGAAAAGGGACAGGUCACAGUGUCAGACAUGCCACAAGGUUCUUCAGUAGAUACCACAAAAGAAAGUGUGAAACAAGGAUCUCCAUCUGAAGAAUCUCAAAAGACUUUAGAUCGGCCUUUUAGUGAAACAAAGAGCUUAGAAACACCGCUGUACUUGCUGUCAUCUGUGAAACCACAAACACUUGUUUCAGGAGUGUCUCCAGAAAUUAGUACAGUGAAAAAACAAGAAAUACCAUGGUCAGAACUGACUCCAGAUAGGCAUACAGUCCAUACUACUCAAACAUCUAAAGAUCAAACAUCUGAAAUGUCUGAACAAUCUGUUCUUGUUUCAAAGCACCACUUGGAGGCUGUGGAAGAUGCCCAUGUAAAUGAACCACACUCUCCAGCAAGCAGUAACUAUGCUCAAUUUAUAACUAAUGCAUCAACAAUCAGCACUGAUAAGAUGGUUUCCAAGGAGCCUGAAGACACAUAUGUAAAAGAUGAAAAGUUUACAAUGACUAGCAAGCCAGCUGGGCUUUCAGAAGAUCAAAAGAGUGCCUUCAGUAUCAUUUCUGAAGGUUGUGAGAUAUUGAAUAUUCAUGCUCCUGCAUUUAUUUCUUCAGUUGAUCAGGAAGAAAGUGAACAAAUGCAAGAUAAGUUAGAAUAUUUGGAAGAGAAGUCCUCAUUUAAACCUAUAUCCCUCCAUGAUGAGAGUGAGGUGGUUGAUUUCCAUAAAACAUUAAAGAGCAUGUUAGAAGAUUCUGAUAAAAAAGUUACACCAUUGAAAGAAAACAAACAAAAGGAUACUCAUACAACGAAAGAGGAGAUAGCCACAGAUUUAGAGACUAGUAAUUUAGCCUUUAAUCAGCCCACAAUUCCCAGUGAAGAGGAUUAUUUUGAAAAGUAUACAUUGAUUGAUUAUAACAUCUCCCCAGACCCAGAGAAACAGAAAGCUCCAUGGAAAUUAAAUGUUGAAGCAGAACUGUCAAAGGAAGUUCCAGAAGAAACUGCCUCUUUCCCAGAAGGUUCAGAGGAAAGUGCCCUAGAGCAUGAAUAUGACUUGGUGAAAUUAGAUGAAAGUUUUUAUGGACUAGAAAAGGACUACAACAAAUUAUCUGACCCAGAGACCCAAAAGUCUCUGGUUAUUCAAACAUCAGCUGACAGAGAUGCUGCAAAGACCAUAAACAGAGAUACAGACUCCAAGUCACCUGGGAUGCCUCUAUUUGAUGCAGAAGAAGGAGUUUUGUCACGAACUCAGAUAUUUCCUACCACUGCUAAAGCCAUUAAUCCUGAACUUCUGGAGGAGCCACCUGCACUUUCAUUUUUAUACAAAGAUCUGUAUGAAGAAGCAGUUGGAGAGGAAAAGAAAGAAGGGGAGACAGCUUCUGAAGGUGACAGUGUGAAUUCUGAGGCAUCAUUCCCAAGCAGAAGUUCUGACACUGAUAAUGAAACAGGAAUAUAUUUUGAGAAGUACGUACUCAAAGAUGACAUCCUCCAUGAUAUAUCUGUAACUGAAAAGGACCAAAGCCAAGGUCUAGAAGAAAAACCAGUUGGUAAGGAUGAUUCACAUCAACCAAUAAUUGCAGAAGAGGAAAUCUGGGAGAGGUUUGGAAUGACUUUGGGGGAGAAGAGUCUAGAAGAGGAUCAGAAAGCUGCUUACAGGGAGGGAGAAUCAGUAGGCCACAUGGAGACCCUUGACAAUGUAGCUAUGCAGAGGAAAGCUCCCAUCACUGAGGAAGUCAAGGUGGUUACCCAGAAAAUAAGCUAUGCUAUUCCCUUUGAAGACACCCAUCACGUCCUAGAGAGAGUAGAUGAAACUAGUGGUCAGAGUAAUGAAGCAGCAAAUGCAAAUCUAGAGGUCAGUCUGAAUGUCCCAGUACAAGUGUCCUUCCCAGAGGAAGAAUUUGCAUCUGGUGCAACUUGUGUUCAAGAAACACUGCAAGAAGAACCUCCAGUAAUAGUCCCACCUGAGCCGAGAGAAGACAUGCUCCGCAAUAGCCCUGUUCAGGAUGAGUAUGAAUUUGCUGAAUCCCUGAAUUACGAGGUGGUUACUCAAGAUACUUUAUCAGAAGACCUGUAUUCAGAAUCCACCCCUGAAGAUGUGUUAUCUCAAGGAAAGGAAUCCUUUGAACAUAUCAGUGAAAAUGAAUUUGUGAGUGAGGUGGAACAAAGUAUGUCUGCUGAACAGAGAGAGUUGGGCAGAGAGAUGACAGAACAAGACCAGUUAUUGUCAGAGUUGGUAACCGAGAAGGACCAGAAGGAACUGAAAAAGUCCCAGAUUGACACAUAUUGCUACACUUGUAAAAGCCCAAUUUCUGCCGUUGACAAGAUGUUUGGCACCCACAAAGACCAUGAGAUUUCAACACUUGAUACAGCUAUAAGUGCUGUAAAGGUUCAGUUAGCAGAAUUUCUAGAAGAUUUACAAGAAAAGUCCUUGAGGAUUGAGGCUUUUGUUAGUGAGAUAGAAUCCUUUUUUAAUACCAUUGAGGAAAACUGUAGUAAAAAUGAGAAAAAGCUAGAAGAACAGAACGAGGAAAUGAUGAAGAAGGUUUUAGCGCAGUAUGACGAGAAAGCCCAGAGCUUUGAGGAAGUGAAGAAAAAGAAGAUGGAGUUCCUGCACGACCAGAUGGUCCACUUUCUGCAGAGCAUGGAUACUGCCAAGGACACCCUGGAGACCAUCGUGAGGGAAGCCGAGGAGCUUGACGAGACCGUUUUCCUGACCUCGUUUGAGGAAAUCAAUGAAAGGUUGCUUUCUGCAAUGGAGAGCACUGCUUCUCUAGAGAAAAUGCCUGCUGCGUUUUCACGUUUUGAACAUUAUGAUGACGGCUCAGCAAGAAGUGACCAGAUGUUAAAACAAGUGGCUGUUCCACAACCUCCUAGAUUAGAGCCUCAGGAACCAAAUUCUGCUACUAGCACAACAAUUGCAGUUUACUGGAGCAUGAACAAGGAAGAUGUCAUUGACUCAUUCCAGGUUUACUGCAUGGAGGAGCCACAAGAUGACCAAGAAGUAAACGACUUGGUGGAAGAAUACAGAGUGACAGUGAAGGAAAGCUACUGCAUUUUUGAAGAUUUAGAACCUGACCGAUGCUAUCAAGUGUGGGUAAUGGCUGUGAAUUUCACUGGAUGUAGCCUGCCCAGCGAAAGGGCAAUUUUUAGAACAGCGCCCUCCACCCCUGUGAUCCGUGCGGAGGACUGUACUGUGUGUUGGAACACGGCCACCAUCAGAUGGCGGCCUGCCAACCCCGAGGCCACUGAGACCUACACUUUGGAGUACUGCAGACAACACUCUCCUGAGGGCGAGGGCCUCAGAUCUUUCUCUGGAAUUAAAGGAUUUCAGCUGAAAGUUAACCUCCAACCUAAUGACAAUUACUUUUUCUAUGUGCGAGCCAUCAAUGCAUUUGGGACAAGCGAACAGAGUGAAGCUGCCCUCAUUUCCACCAGAGGAACCCGAUUUCUCUUGUUGAGAGAAACAGCUCAUCCUGCUCUGCAGAUUUCUUUAAACGGGACAGUGAUCAGCUUCACGGAGAGGAGACGGCUGACAGAAAUCCCGUCAGUCCUGGGUGAGGAGCUGCCUGCCUGUGGCCAGCAUUACUGGGAAGCCACAGUCACAGACUGCCCAGCUUAUCGACUUGGCAUCUGCUCCAGCUCGGCUGUGCAGGCCGGUGCCCUGGGACAAGGAGAGACCUCGUGGUACAUGCACUGCUCUGAGCCGCAGAGAUACACGUUUUUCUACGGCGGCAUUGUGAGUGAUGUCCACGUGACUGAGCGUCCCGCCAGAGUGGGCAUCCUGCUGGACUACACCAACCAGAGGCUCCUGUUUAUAAAUGCGGAGACUGGACAGUUUCUCUUCAUCAUUAGGCGCAGGUUUAAUGAGAGCGUCCACCCUGCCUUUGCCCUGGAGAAACCCGGAAAAUGUACUUUGCACCUAGGAAUAGAGCCCCCGGAUUCUGCAAGGCACAAGUGAUCAUUGGCUUUCAAAGGUUGCAAGAGCAAUAAUUCAGAUUUGGGGGGCUCUGUUGUUCUUUUCCGUGGGUGCUAGACGCUAUUCAAAACAUCCUCUGCACAGUUGCACUAGUGACAGCUCCACGCACAGUGAUCAGCACAUGAACAAAACCAAGAAAACGUUGACUGUCUAGAACGGCGUGUGAGUAAAGAGGAUGGGAAAAAACAACCUCCUGCCUUCAGUUUAUGUGUGUUUGAGUUCUUCCCUAAGUCGAAAGGAUCUAUACCUGAUUUGGGAACCAAACUAGAGAAAUGGAUUUCCACCUGUUUCUUUGGUAAAAGAAAUCCUCUGAUGGACAGGUCUGAGUGAAGGGAAGGCUGUGCUAUUAAUACAUCUCCUCUGACAAGAAACACAGAAUUUUUCCACCAGAAAAAUGUCACCUCAUUUCACUAAAGGAUGCUGAAUCCUAAUCAGCAGAGGAAGUGUUUUAAGCAUUCUAAGUUGAUAAUGAACUCUUUUGUAAUCAUAUAUACUGUAGAACUCGAGUCUCUUUUCCCUGAAAUAUUAAAUGUAGAAAAGUGCUAGGUAUUAGAAAUGUCCAUUUUGUUAAAUAAACGGUUAGAGUCUCUAAAAC